UUAAGUUGACCGGCUCAGUUAAAUUGCUAUCUGACUCACUAAUUGUACAAAACGUAAAAUUCUACACAGUAAAGUUAAAUCUUUCGAAGUUAAAUGGCACAUGGUACUAAUACCAUCAACAUACACGACACAAUUUAACAUUUUUGAGAUUUUCACGUCUUCACCAACGGACGAAUUUUGGGCAAAAAUUUCAUCAGCCGGUGAUUAUUAAACUGGUUCUGCUUUUGGGCAUAUCAGUUUGUGGAUGAGGUCAAAUAUCUGGGUCUCACAAUUCGCCCUCAAAGAAAUAGACCAGUCGAUGGUGGAAGGACAUAUUUGAACCCCCUUUGUUAAAUGAAGCGAGGCAGCGGCGUUGGCUUUGUGGGCUCGGGCGUGCCUGGUGGCUGCCGUCCUAGGAGCUGCCUCCCGGAAAAUACUUCAAAGCAUCGUGGUAAUUUGGCACUAGACUCGAAGGAGCUAUUCCAGCUCAACAAACCAACAGGCCAAUCCACUUCAUCGUCAUCGAGUGCAGGAGGAGGAGGAGGAGGGGGUUCUGCUGUAUCUACAGCGUCCGCGCCCUUCUCGCAGCCCUGUCUGCCUGUUAAAGACACGGGUCCUACUAGAAUUCUACCCUACCUCUACUUGGGGUCAUAUCAGGACUCACUCAACGAACGGGAGCUGGUCAAACUGGGUAUUAUCUAUGUGCUUAAUGUGUCUCGAGGAACCACGAAGCCGCCGUUCGUUGCGGACCAGAACUUCAUGCGCAUUCCGGUGGACGACAACUACGAUGCAGUCAUGACUCCUUACUUCGCAGAAGCAUUCAAGUUCAUAGACCUGGCCAAGUCUUCUGGCAGUGGGAGUGUAUUAGUGCACUGUAUGGCUGGCAUCUCUCGCAGUGCCACUAUAGCCAUAGCCUACUUCAUGAGGGAACACAACUGCACGCAUGAAGAGGCCAUGAGGUUUGUGAAGGAGCGUCGGCCUUCAAUAGCUCCUAACUUCAACUUCCUCGGCCAGCUGUUGGAGUUGGAAAAGAGUAUGAAGAGCGAGCGGAUGUUGCGGUACCACCAGAGCUACUCGUUCGGACAGAGUUUCAGGACCUCAAGUGAAAGCCACAUCAGUCAUGCUGUGAAUAAGAAUCAAAACGUUCGGAACCCAUCGUCGUCAGAUACAGAUAACGGAGGCGAACAAAUUAUCGUAGCCACCUCAAGUUGGUCACUAAGUGUAGCAAUGGACGAGCCCAAAGCCCCCAAGAGGUCCAGAACGGAUACGAUGACAUCAACCAGCAAAGCCAGACCCACUGGCUUGAACCUUAGCUCUAACAGAGGCAACAAGACCACAAAAGAACUGGACAUAGAAGCCUUAGUUCAAAGUUCACUCCACGUUAAAACCCCAGAAGCGGCCCAAAGAGAAAACCUCCAUUUGGGCAUGACAUCAUCUGGAGGAGUGGAAUUUUCGCUUCACAGUCCAGUGUGUGAGAGCUCAUCGAUAGAUUCGCAUCCUGGCACACCUGGAAGCUCUAAUAAAUCCAGUACCCAUGUUGCCAGUCCAAUGGAAGAUGACUCCGUAUUCAAAAUGCCUCUUCCUCUCUUACCCAGUCCACUAUCCGACCAGGAAUCGACCCCAAGUAGAUACCAAAUACCAAAACACUUGACACCAACAACCAGUAGUAAGACUCUUUCCCCAAAAUUAUCCAAGAAAUCAGUUACGAUUCCCCUAUUUUCAACAUCAACUGGAGCGAUAUCCAAACAUCACGUAACCAAGACUCAAAGACGCAGUCAUGGACCCUUAGAAGCACCCUCUGAUCUAAAAGGUCUCUUUACUUCGGAGUCAAGACUUUUUCACGCGUUCUACUCCAAACCUCUAUCGCCGGUCGAAGACUGUUCUCCGGAAAAUGCCGCGGCAGCUAGUUUAAGUCCAGCGACAGUUGGCAUGGCAUCAUCGCAUCUUUCGACAUCCUUAGAUCCAUCAGCUGGUGUCUUGUCUGAUUCAAGUAGUACGACAACGUCCAGUGGAACAGGUCCGAAGACGGACUCUUCUGCAGUUCGAAUGAAGCCAAUAACGCGACAUUCUCGCCAUUUUCCGAAAACAAAGUUGAUGCUAUCAGAAAAACUAAAGGUUAUGGUAAAGAAGCAGAACUAUAAGUCAAGAGUACCCCACGUUUGGAUGUCGGAGGGCAAUAUUAAACCGGACGAUGAGAAAAACAGAACGUUCGAGGUAACCCCGGUAGCGCCUCGACUGUCGCGUCAGAGGCCAAGCUCGUUCUGUCUUCCGGCGGAGUACUUAGACCAUUGGGAGGAACUGCUGGCAGCCGCUAGACUGUCGUCGAGAUCGAUGUCAUGCAACAUGUUAGAAGUGCGAAGCCGCCCUUUUACGGGCAAUGAGCUAUUCAACACUUCAUCAUCGAGCAGCUACGAGUCGCUCUCUCGACACAGCAGUCUGGAGGCUGUAGAAGUAGGAUCUUGAAUCUAUUCUACUCGACCAUGUGGUAUAAUCAAGAGAAGACACCCCCUUACUUACCUUACCUUUCUAAUUGGUUUGAGUAUAAAAAGCAUCAUAUUCAGACGUGAGAUCUGUGCAAAAAAGAUGCGGCAUUAUUACGUUGGUCAAUAUACCUACAAUCGGAAAUUGUAUCGAUAAUGAAGGAAAUAAUCUCAUUUUAUGAGUUCGCAUUUCCGAGGAAAAAGAAGAGCAAAAUUCCAGAUAAUCAUACGCCUUGAAGACGUCUCAGGGAAAAGAUAUAUCACAAACAUUAGUGAAAAAUAAAAACAUUUAUUAAUUAUUGAGUCGGAUUGCAAAUUUUAACAUCUAAUGAUUGAUAGAUUUACCAGAAAAAACUAGAAAAGUCUAAUUUCUUAUUCUAAUAAUAUCGCUGUUAUGAAAGCUUAUUUCUUUUUGUUUUACUCUUAUACUUUACGUGAUGAUCUGAUUUUUUUGAUUGUCUUCUAUGUAGUAUUGGUGCUAUUUAAUUUGCUUUCGUAUCGGCAAACCCCUCGAUGUUUCACUAAUCAAUAUUCAACUAGAAAUUUCA